AUGCGAAUAUCGUCGUGUUUGAUUAACAGAUUAAUACAUAACUACGGACAACUAUCUUUUAUCUCUGUUCACGGAAUGGCAACUAUCGCUCGUUCGAAGUCAGCGACGCAUUCCUUGUCGACACCGCUAAUCGACCUAGACUCUCACAUCCCAUCUCCCUUUCCUCGAAACCAACUUGCCCGUGAUACAGUGCCUACGCCAUCAGCGGUGGUAGAAGACGUUUUCGCCGACUCGCAGUAUGAGGCUGGUCCGUCAACGUCUGCAUUAGACGGAUCUACAUCUGAAGCUUCCGGUACUGUUGCUCUCAAGGAACUCAUGCCCUCCAUCGUUUAUGUCCAAAAGUCCUGCCUCAUGACCCUGAACAACCUUCUCUCGGAACCCAUUCGUUGGAAUCCUAUCGUCCCAGACCGUCGCCACUCGAUGCCCUCUUCUAUCCAACCUUCAACCGCCGCUGCGGAGGAUUCAUCAUCCACGUCUGCUCUACAAACUCUUGUAAAGAACCUUCGCAAUCACCAGGCGAGUGGGGAAAUGGUUGAAGCACGCGAAGAGAGUACGGAUGCCGAGCUAUUGCGAGAGCUGUCUACACGCAUUGGUGUGAUAGCCCGCUCGCUGUCCGAGGCCGAUGCUGCGCUAGCGAAGGCCCUUGUCUCGCUUUUGACGGAUCUAAAUCGUCUUUCGGAGCUCCAAGCCAAUAUCACGCAUCUCCCCGCCCACCUUGUCUCCGAAGAGACAUCCAGCAUUCUGGAAGCCCCGCCUCCAAUCGACGUGUUCGACAGAUUGACACGCCAGCUCAGUGACCUGCAGAUUGAACGUCUCUCAUCGCAGGCACAGGUACUGGUACCCGGCGCCUCGCCCUUAUUUGCAGUCGAGACUGCCCUUCUUUGGUCUCGCAUUGAUGCAGACCUAGAAAAAGUCGUCGCGAUGUGCAAACAUCGAACAGAUUCUUUUAUCGAUAAUCUCCCGCCGCAGUACGACCCCGCAGACUACGAAGACGAUGACGGUGAUCUCCAGCCGCCAGAAUACGACCAGAUGGGGCGGCCAUCUUUUGAUGACUCUAAAUACAAGGCUGGCUUUUUUCAACAACAGCAACAAGGAUCGCGCCAGACUGAUGAAAAGAUGAAGAUGGACCUUGAGGCCGUAACAAUGGCCAUCGACCGACUAUAUCUUGUUGCACCCCAGUUGCAUAACCAACGUGUUGAGCUCAAAUCGUCGAAGCUGGCCGAGAUGGAGAAGGCAAGGCGAGAAGUUACGACAAAGAGCAAAGGGAAGGAGCGCGAUGCGAAAGAGCUAGAGAACAUUUUGAACCUGCUGGGAAGGGCUUCGGAGAGGACGCUCAAAGACCAGUCAGUCAUCUUGGAUGGCGGGAUGAAGAGCAGGUUGGAAAGGUCGAGGCAGAAGGAGUCGGCGAAGAGAGACGCUUUCGUGGAACAACUAGUACAGCAUUCACGAGCAGGACGGAUGCAUGGUCAAGACGCUGUCCUGCAGCCUUCGACCCCAAGACUCAAGGACUCGGACAGAAUCAGAGAUCCAGAAGCUAUGCUAACGCUACCCGAGUUUAUGCGGGAACCCUUGCCAGCUUCCGAGCGCCAAAAGGACUCGGAGGCGAUGUUGACGCUCCCUGAAUUCGUCAACGAGCCUCUACCCCUUCAAUUCAGUCUGCUGGACACAGACCCAGCACAGGAAGGGCCAGAUGGGAAGCCGAGGAAGAAACGGAGUCGAAGCUUGUCUGCGCCUCCGCUGGCCUGGUUGAGGUCGUCCUCGCGAUCGUCCAACAGUUCCUCAGGCUCGAGUAGCUCAAGUUCGAAGGGCAAAGCGAAAGCGAUUGGCCAUGCCUUCGACGUCACCUAUGUCGCCGAGAAUCAUGAGAAUCUGCACCACAUCCUCGUUUUCUUCACGGUCACUGGAGCGAAGGCUGGAGCAGAGCUGCAGGCCGAAAUCAUACCCUCCUUCCUCAAUCACCCCUCUGACGGCGGCGACCACCUCGUCAUUAAGUCCGGGCCUUAUUCAUCCUUGCCGCUGAUGCUGCCCGCCCAUACCACGCCAGGCAAGAAGGAAGUGCGCUCACAAGGCGGACACCACGAGAUCAAGCUCCUCACCCAACCAUCAACAUCCCCCACGGGCUCUACCUUCUCCGGCGAGCACCAUAUCACGGCCUCCUCACAGCUCCUCGACGCUACUCAACUGCUGUCCAUGAACCCUACAUCUUUCCUGUGCGCAUCGUGCUCACUACCACUCAUCCAAUCGAACAGGGUGGGUGAGUAUCGCGAUCUGCCGUCGGAGCACUGGGAAGAACUCGUCGAGGCGUGGAUGUGCCACAGCAAUCAGAAACUACACGAGCAUGUGCAAAAGCACGGCAAGAGUGGCUUUUGGCCCAGUCCGGGGCAGGCGCUGGUUGGUGGGAGCUACAUCUUGUUUGAUGAGUCGACGAUGAAUCGAGGCAACUUACAUCUGGCUCCUGAUUCGAAACAUGACGACAAUUGGCACCUUACCCGAUGUCUAUGUGGGGCAGUCGUUGGCCGGUGUCAGGAACGUGCUUCUGAGCAAGGCAAGACAACUGUGUAUCGUGUACUGAAGUACGCUGUACGGCCAGUUAGCGUGACUUCAGAACCAUUCCGAGUGCCACUUUCUGCUUUCAUCGUAGAGGAUAUGGCAGAAUUUGUGCAAGCUCAUGCGUCAUAUCGCUUCGUGAUCCAUGACGAGGAAGAAGACAAGCCGCGAAUACUGAUUUGGUUGUUCAAACCCCGAAUCCGUUUGGCCUACACGACGCCUGGUACUCGUGGAAUUCCCAAGAGUGCUAACAUCCUGGCAGCCAAAGUCCUUUACAAGCUCCUAGGCCCAACUGAAACCACCACGGGUAUCAAAAGGCAAUAUCCUCUCUCUAUUCUUUCGUUGAAGGUCACUUAA